GUGACAUAUAAAUUGACAGCAAAUGUCAUUAAUCAUCAUUUUAUUUGUGUUUUGGUAGCUGCAUUUUGGAAUAAAAUAAAAACGAUCGAAAAGCAUAAAAAACCGAGUUUUUCCACAUUUUUUCGUUGAAAUAUAAUGAGUGAAGUCCGCCCUAAUGGCCGAAAUGUCACGAGAAGACGCCAAUUUGCUCGAUUCGUUGGAGAAAUUAGAAUUGGAUGUUAACACUCUGUUCAAAUCGAAAACGGGCCACAACGAAUCGAACCCGUUCGUUCGCAGGAAACGCUCCAAAUCCCUCUCGUCCCUCACCAGCGCGCGCAAAGUGAAAACCUCCCCCUGCCCGCCGGCCAAAUGUCCCGAUAAGAAGAAGCGGAUCCUCCGCGAACCUAUACUGAAGUACCCGAAGCACUUCGGCAAACCCUGGAAGAUCGGCAACCACGGCUACCUGUUCGGCGGCAAGUUCUCCAACACCAAAGACUUCAAAUCGUUGAUCAGAAGUUACGAACUGUUGUGCUUGCGCGACAAGAAAUCGCCUCCGACGGGAGAUGCAGUCGAGAAAUCUAGUUUUACGCAGAGUCGCUCGAUCAACGCGGAUAAAUGCGAGAGUUCGGUGCCCAGGUGCGUCGAAACGUGUUCGAAUCAGGCGCGUUUGAACGCCCACCCGCCCUGCGACAUCACCAUGGACGAAUUGGCUAGUUAUUUCGAGACUUUUGUGCAUAUACCCAAGAAGAUGAGCUCCAUGGCCGAGAUGAUGUACAUUUAAAUUCGCUAGUUUAAGUUUAACGGUCUGUUAAUAUGGUAAAUUAUUCGUUAAUCUAAUAAAGAGAGUUUUG